GAAGAGCGAGAGGAGCGAGAGGCACCGAGAGUUUGGCAGCGAGAUAAAGAAAUCCCCCGAGAGCGACGGCCCGGCCGGCCGGAGCGGCGCGUCCCACCCCGAUGUAAACCACCCUGCCCGAGCCCCGGCCGCCGCACGGCGGGCGGCGAAACUUCUCUGCGGGUUCUGGCGCUGGAGCACCGGCCUCGCAACGACUGCCCGGGCUGCGGGUAGGGGAGGAAAGCGGAGAACGUCCCAGGGUGAUGUGAGCAGAGCCCAGGAAUGCCUUAUGUGGAUCGACAGAACCGAAUCUGUGGGUUUCUGGACAUCGAGGAGAAUGAGAACAGCGGCAAGUUUCUGCGGAGGUACUUUAUUCUGGACACCCAGGCCAACUGCCUUCUCUGGUACAUGGACAACCCCCAGAAAAGAAAGUGGAGGCUUAGUGGUUCAGGAACGUAUUCACUGUCAAAUGGUGGAGCUCACACUUUUCACCACUGUCCUAGAAUAUGGCCCUCUGUGAACCUGGCAAUUGGGGCAGGAGCUGUUGGAUCUUUGCAGCUGACCUACAUCUCGAAGGUGAGCGUAGCUACACCAAAGCAGAAACCAAAAACUCCAUUUUGCUUCGUCAUCAAUGCCCUCUCUCAGAGGUAUUUCCUUCAAGCUAAUGACCAGAAAGAUCUGAAGGACUGGGUUGAAGCCUUGAACCAAGCCAGCAAAAUCACCGUGCCCAAAGUUGGGAGCCUGCCCCUGACUACCGAGGUUCUGAAAAGCCUAGCAGCUCCUCCAGCCCUAGAGAAGAAGCCGCAGGUGGCCUACAAGACUGAGAUCAUCGGAGGGGUGGUGGUACACACGCCCAUCAACCAGAACGGUGGGGAUGGGCAGGAAGGGAGUGAACCCGGGUCCCACGCCAUCCUUCGAAGGUCUCAGAGUUACAUCCCUACAACAGGCAGCCAUGUUCCCUCUGGGCCCCACUUCAUUAAGAGUGGCUACUGCGUGAAGCAAGGGAAUGUGCGGAAGAGCUGGAAACGUCGCUUCUUUGCACUUGAUGACUUUACUCUCUGCUACUUCAAGUGUGAACAGGACCGAGAACCACUGCGCACUAUAUUUCUCAAGGAUGUUCUUAAGACCCAUGAGUGUCUGGUCAAAUCUGGUGAUCUCUUAAUGAGGGACAACCUGUUUGAAAUCAUAACAAGCUCCAGGACCUUCUACAUACAGGCGGACAGUCCAGAAGACAUGCACAGCUGGAUUAAGGAGAUCAGGGCAGCUGUCCAGGCCCUCAAAUGCCACCCCAGAGAUAUGUCCUUUUCUAGAUCCAUCUCUUUGACUCGCUCUGGAAGCUCCAGCCUGUCAGGUGGGCCCAACUCUGCCUUGUGCAGGGGGCGGCCAGCUGUGGAAGAGAAAAAAGCCCUCUGCAAAGCCCCCUCUGUGGCUUCCUCCUGGCAACCCUGGACACCUGUCCCCCAGGCCGGGGACAAGCUGCUUCCAGCUGAAGAGACUCCUGGGGACUCCUUGUUCAUGCCUCGACCUGGGGAGAGCAGUACUUCUGGGGUGUUGCCCAGCUCCCGGAUAAGGCACAGAUCAGAGCCCCAGCACCCCAAGGAGAAGCCAUUUCUGUUCAGCCUUGAUGAUGAGAGCAUACGAACUUCUGAUGUGUGAUAGGGCACGGUACCCUGGGAGGGGGGAGGACUCAAGAAAAGGAGGCCAUGACUCAGUUUCCCUACCUUUUGGAAGGUGGUCAGAGACCCUUUGGCACUCAUAUUCCUGUGGAUGCUCUGUGGGGAGGGCCCAUUCGGUUGUUUUUUGUUUUUUUUUGUUUUUUUUUUUUUUUUAAAUAUAAUACAGCGUAUUUGACUUGGAAAAUCACGAGGUUAGACCUGUAGGCAUGCUCAGUGGAGAGCAGGUUGCCUCUCAUUUGACCACUCCAAGGUCUUCCUGGUGAGAGGAGGUUUAGUAGUGCAGUUUCAUCCCAACCAAGUUUUAUUUCCGUGUCCUAGUUAUAGUUUCUUCCUUUGGUUUCCAGGCCGGGCACAGAGUCUUGGGCAGUCAUCUGGGUUAUCCUAUUCCUGUUUAUUGGCUGAGGUCUAACAGUGAAGUAGGAGUAGGUAACUGACCCAGCUGAACGCAGCAGACCUAGGCUCUGGCUUGGCUGGGAUACAUUCUGAGGGGAGGUGUUACGAUCUGGGGGCUGGCAGGUAGCUCUCAGAAUGUCCACUAAGGUGGAUCCUCCCAGGGGAGAAUCUUCCACUGGGGAAGAAAUAGGGAUCUCUUGUAAGGUAUGGGGAAAGAUUCAACCUCAGUGCAUCAGCCAGUUUGGGGAAUUAUUCUGUUCUUGUCUACGACUCCAAAUAAUGUCAACGUGAGUGAUAGACCUGCCCAUCCAGUUUGUGUGUCAGGCCCCGAGGAUGGGUUUAUCAGUGUUAAAAGUUAUGACUGUUGAGAAUAGGGCAGACAUUUCCACUGAAGUGGCGUUAUUUGGAAGUUUCGAGGGUUGAUAAGUGUAUGAUAAUUCACUUGUGUGAUAGAUCGGAUCUCUGUUUUAGAGUGUUAGAAUUGUUUUGAAGCAGGUGCUGGGAAAACAUGGAUUAUAGUUCAUCCAGAUAAACUUUUCUGAUCCGUGUUUCCCAGACAGAAGAAAAGGUCUGUUUUAGCACAGAUGGAUUUCUUGAAUCCUUACUUCACAGCUCUCUUCAAUGGGCUGAUAUUAGUCUAAUUUUAAGUGCUGUAUAUUACAUACCCUGGCAGAUUUGCUUUCUUUCUAACUUUUUCUGUUGCCCUUUGAAUGAAGCCUUGUGUACUUGCAUGAUCACACCUUGUAAUAUGAUAAGGUUCCAUGUACUUAACAGUAAAGAGAUACAAGGAUAAUCCUGAGAGGUAUUUAUAUUUUUAAUAAAAUAGAAACUAUGCAUAGAAACAUUGAUUUAGAAGCUCUGCAUUGCUGACUAGAGAUUUCCCAGGUAGAAGAGCAUAGAUUGCCUUUUCCACCCAAAUUCCUACCUUCUUUCAACUUGACAAAAGAUACUAUUUCCAGGUCCCUGGGAGAAUUUGUCUAACUUAAUGUGGCCUACUGCUAACUUACCAGGGUUCCCUAAAGGGAGAGAAAAACUAACUCAUUUUUGUCUAUACCUUUCAUCAGCUAGAUCAAUUAGUUACCUUUAAAUUAAAAAUUAAAGACUAGAGGAAGAUACUGAGAGAAGCAUUUUUACCUAAGUGAAUAUCUUCCCCUCCUUAUGUCCAGAUGUAAUGCAGAGGUAAAAACAUGUCAUCAGAAACCCCUAGGGGCUUGAGGGAAAUCUUUGUUCCUUUAAUGCAGUGUAGUUCCCUUGCAUUGUUUGGCCUAGUGGUCCUGUUAUAAAAAAAGACAUCUACUGGAUCUCUCUCUUUUUCUCUCCCCCCACUCUUUUUUGCAGACUCUUGUAGACUUUUGUCCUCAGAAAUCUGUGCUUUGGGAGUUAGUUAUUCAUGGGUGAGUGAGGUUACAGCUUCAAGUAGCCAUUUCAAAUUCUUAAAGCUCCUCACCUCUGGUUUCAUCUUCAAAUUUUCCUUAAGAAAAUUCUUUGGCUAGGUCAAAGAAGGUACACAAUAAAUGAUAUUGCACUAGCAAAAAUAAAUUAGGAACUUUUGAGAUCUCUUUAAACAUUCCCCAACUCAUGAAAGCUGUCAUCCUCUGGCAAAAAUGUAUCCAUUUCUCUUUUGUUAAGUAAACUCUCUGCUAGAAUACUACUGCUAAAUUAAUUGGCCAUUAUAGUAAGCUGAUAUAUUUCUCAUUCAGUAGGGUCUAUUUUAAGAAUGUGAGUUCAAUAUGCUUAUAAAUCUAGACUGUAUUAUUAUGAUGGAAACAAGGACUGUAGAUGGCAAAUACUUGGGAAUACCAAGUGAGAACAUUGUUAAUGUGGUUCCAACACCAGAUAAAUAGAAUUAUCUUCAAUGGCACUUAAAAGCAUUCUAAUUCCCAAACCUUAUUUCAGAAUUCCUUUUGUGUCCUUUUGAGCCAAAGAUGGUGCCUAUGCAAAGCAUUUGGCUUUAAAUUUUUUUAAUGCUUGUUUAUUUUUGAGAGAGAGAGAGGGAGACACAGAACCCGAAGCAGGCCCCAGGCUCUGAGCUGUCAGCACAGAACCUGACAUGGGACUUGAACCCACUAACCACAAAAUCAUGACCCGAGCCAAAGUUGGACGCUCAACCCACUGAGCCACUCAGGUGCCCCAAGUGGUCUUCCCUAUAAUUGAACUAUUUACCAUUCACUAUCUUGAAAGCUUAAGAACUUAAGCUUAAGAAUGAAAGCUUAAGAAUUUCUGUGGUGGUUGGUAAAUGUAGUUUGGCCUUUUGCAUCCUGUGAGACAUUGUAACCCUAGUAAGGUGAAGAGUGGACUCAGGUCAAAAUAUUGGAGGUUAUAGGUUUAUUUUUGAGCAGAAUGCUGAGGUCACAUGAAAAAGAGCAGAGGAAAGGCCCAGCUUUGUAGUUUACUUGACACAAAAGGUUUUUUCUUUUUCUUCCUAAAUAUAACUGUGCUCUGAUAUGAGUAAAAGCAACCAAUAAAUAAAUAGUAGAUUGAGUAGCUGAGCAGUGGGAUUUGAUGUUAGUUUUCACUGUUGACCAGAUAAACAGGCACAUGGAAGUAACACCAUUUUGGAAAUUGAGUUUCCCAAAUGAGUUUUGUUUAUAAACUUUGAACAUAUCAAAAAUGGGCAGUUUAUUAAAUCUUUUCUACCAACAUCACUUUUUUUUCCCCUCAUCCUUUUUUUUCCUCCAUGUUAUUGCCUGCAGCAGUCAGUUACAGUCACUCAUGCUAAGUAGAGUUUGAGUAAAGCUAAUAUUGGGAAAAAUAUACUGUUUGACCCCUUCCCCCACUGCUUAUGGUGUGGCAUGAUUUUGUGUUUUGAACCAGUACGUUUCAGCUGUGAAAUGCACUCACUGCAAGCACUGAGCUGAGUGCAUGGAAACUGUUAUGCUUCUCAUUUUAUGUGAUCUACUAAUUGGUAUGUAGCAAAAAUAAUUUUCUAAAACUGUUUUGUUGCUUGUUUUGUAAUAAAACUAUGUGAAAUACUGAAA